ACGCGGGCUUGCAGACGGGCGCGCGCACCCCGCACACGGCGCGCACUCCUCCCGCGGCUUCAGCAUCACUGGCUGCCUGCGUCCGCUCGCAACUGCAACGAGAGAGGGAGAGGGCGGGCGGGGAGAAAGGGCCGCGACCCAGCUGCUGCCUCGCUCGCCGGCCGCGAGGGUGAGGCGGCGGAGGAGGAGGAGGACGGCGGCGGCGUCCGGUGGUCCGCCGCGGUGGAAUGCCGGCAGUUCCCGCCGCGGAUCGGGCUGUCUCCCUGGAGCUGUUCCUGGCGGCGGCUGGCCCUUGGGCGGUGACCGCAAGGCCCCGGUCCUGAGGCAGGGCGGCGACCCCGAGACGGCGCUUGGUUUUUCCGUUCUCGGUCGCUCUCUCUCCGUGACGCCGCGAAGGUCGGAAUUCUCUCUCCCCCGGCGCCACCUGGGUCUUGGGUCCUGGGUCGCCGGCUCGCCGCCCCCGGGGAGGUGCGCGAACAUGGAGCUCGGCCUCCGGCCGGGCUCCGGGGUUCCGACCCCGGGACGGGACGGCUUCUUGCGGCUUGCGACUUGCGAGGAGUGAUGCACUGAUGGAGACUCUUGGAUUAUAACUGCAGUUUCCCCUUAUUUUUUUCAGCCAUUCCUAGCAAUGUGGCAUCUGAGGCUUAUAGCUAUUCUUUCUGCUGUUCUUUUCUUUACGCACGUUCCUUGUGCCAGAGGUGCUGACCUGAACUCCGAUAAGCAGGCCCUUCUUGCGUUUGCUGCAUCACUGCCUCAUGGCCGAAAGCUCAACUGGACCUCCACAACCCAAUUAUGCACAUCCUGGGUUGGAAUUACAUGCACACCCAAUGGUAAGCGUGUACGUGAAGUGCGGCUACCUGCAAUAGGGCUAUUUGGUCCUAUCCCUGGGGGCACACUUGGCAAGCUUGAUGCAUUAGAGGUGUUGAGCCUUAGGUCAAAUCGUCUCACUAUUAAUCUUCCUCCUGACGUCGCAUCCAUUCCUUCUCUGCACUCCCUUUAUCUUCAGCACAAUAACUUGUCCGGAAUUAUACCAAGCACACUGUCUUCCAGCCUAACAUUCUUAGACCUGUCAUAUAAUUCCUUCAAUGGAGAAAUCCCGUUGAAAGUGCAAGAUAUCACUGGACUGACUGCAUUGCUUCUCCAAAACAACUCUCUUUCUGGACCCAUCCCUGACCUUCACCUCCCCACAUUGAGACAUUUGGAUUUGAGUAACAAUAACCUCAGUGGACCUAUACCACCUUCCCUGCAGAAGUUCCCAGCUAGUUCUUUCUUCGGAAAUGUCUUUCUAUGUGGAUUUCCAUUGGAACCAUGUCCAGGAACCACACCUCCUCCAAUAUCACCAUCACCCCAAAAUGGCCAAAGAAGCAUAUGGAAAAGGCUCAGCCGUGGUGUCAUUAUUGCAAUAGCUGCUGGAGUAGGGGCCAUAGUACUGCUUUUGAUUAUCAUCGUCUUGGUAUGCAUCUUUAAAAGAAAGAAAGACACAGAACCUGGUGCGGCAUCAUCUUCAUCCAAAGGAAAGGCUAGUGCUGGCGGAAGGGCAGAAAAAUCCAAGGCAGAAUACAGCAGCGGUAUUCAAGAAGCAGAGAGGAAUAAAUUGUUUUUCUUUGAAGGAUGUUCAUAUAAUUUUGACUUGGAGGAUUUGUUGAGGGCCUCGGCUGAAGUCCUUGGGAAAGGAAGUUAUGGGACUACCUAUAAAGCUGUUCUUGAGGAUGGCACGACAGUAGUGGUCAAGAGACUGAAGGAAGUGGUGGCAGGAAAGAAGGAGUUCGAACAGCAGAUGGAGCUAAUUGGCAAGGUUUGCCAGCAUCAGAACACCAUUCCAUUGCGUGCUUACUAUUACUCCAAGGAUGAGAAGAUCUUGGUGUAUGACUACGUCCCAUUGGGUAGCCUCUGUGCUGCUUUGCAUGGGAAUAAAGCUGCUGGAAGAAAUCCACUGGACUGGAAGACGAGAGUGAAAAUAGCUUUGGGCACUGCACGCGGGAUGGCUUAUCUUCACGAGGAGGGCGGCGGGAGGUUCGUCCACGGGAACAUCAAGUCAAGCAACAUCCUCAUCACCCAGGAACUCAGCGCGUGCGUCACCGAGUUCGGCCUCGCCCAGCUCAUGGCCCCGCCCCACGUCCACCCGCGGCUCGUCGGGUACCGCUCGCCUGAGGUCCUCGAGACCAAGAAGCCGACGCAGAAAUCCGACGUCUACAGCUUCGGCGUCCUGCUCCUCGAGAUGCUCACCGGCAAAGCCCCUCUGCGAUCCCCCGGCCGCGAGGACUCCGUCGAGCACCUCCCCCGGUGGGUGCAGUCCGUGGUGCGAGAGGAGUGGACGUCGGAGGUCUUUGACGUCGACUUGCUGAGGCACCCGAACGUCGAGGACGAGAUGGUCCAGAUGCUCCAGGUCGCCAUGGCAUGCGUUGCUGUUGCCCCCGAGGAGCGGCCUCGGAUGGAGGAGGUGGUCGGGAGGAUUGAGGAGAUCCGGAACUCAUACUCGGAGACGAAGACCUCCCCGGAGGACAACCCGAGGGAGGGAGCCUUCUGAAUCAUUCAUCCAUAGCACAGCAAUAACAGCAUCUUAGAGGGGAAAAUAGGUUUGACAGCUCUGCAUCUAGUGUGUGUGUGUGUGUGUGUGUCCAGUGAAGCUUUGCAGUUGGUUCCUGAUCAUUCUUUGGUGACAUUGUUUCCUGUUCUUUGGUUCCAUGAUGUUAGCGCUGGUGAUUGUUUUAUUUCUCUAGCUCUGCGCGCUGGUGAUCAUCGUAGGGUGUUAAUUUGUCAACUGUGCUCCGACUCAGUUUGAGACAACUCUUUAAAAUUUGUGUUUCUUUUUUUAUGAAACUUUAAAAUUUGUGUUGUCGAAUGA